UUCUCGUAGGGGUUUAACAGUACAAAAACACAAAAUUUACAUCAAUUAUCACACAAUUUGACGGUAUACAUAUAAUCUACAAUAUAUUGUGUAUCUGCAUGAUAUAUCAAAGUUAACCCAUAAUGUAACUAAUUGUUUGAAACUUACUGUGGGAUCCCAAAUGACCUCUAGGUGGCGCUGUUUAUAUUGUAUUAGCUGGCUGUUAUAUGUGGAGCCUGGUGGAUCCUGAGGAGUGUGUUGCCUGAGAGGCUCAGCUGAGGGCGAUAAAAACACCCCUAUAUUUUUUCGUGUCAGUGGAACGUCUUGUUCUGACACGUGACACACCCAGCCCGGAACUCGGUGACGUCGCAGGACAACAAAGAUGUCAGGAAUAGGAGGCAGCAACUACUGGGAAGAUCUGCGAAAGCAGGCCAGACAGUUUGAGAAUGAACUCGACCUGAAGUUGGUCUCCUUCAGUAAACUGUGCACCAGCUACAGCAGCUCCAGGGAUGGACGUCGAGGAGACACGUCGGACACUACCCCACUGCUCAACAACUCAACCCAAGACAGGAUGUUUGACACCAUGUCAGUGGAGAUUGAACAGCUGCUGGCCAAACUGACUGUAGUGAACGACAAGAUGGCGGAGUACACCAACACCCCGGGCACAGCUUCUCUCAACGCUGCACUCAUGCACACGCUCCAGAGACACAGAGACAUCCUGCAGGAUUACACGCAUGAAUUCCAUAAAACCAAAGGCAACUUCUUGGCCAUCAGGGAAAGGGAAGACCUGCUUGGUUCUGUCAGGAAAGACAUUGAGUCCUACAAGAGUGGCUCCGGGGUCAACAACAGAAGAACAGAGAUGUUUCUGAAGGAGCAUGAGCAUCUGAGAAAUUCGGACCGACUGAUGGAUGACACAAUAAGGUCGUCCAUGUCAUUGGGUUACUGCAAAAGAAAGAAGAGGAGACGUGGGACAUCGUCAGAGAAAGUCAGGUCAGACACAAAGACAGCUUGAAACUCACCAUCAAAUUAAUUACUCUGACUGGUGCGGCUCAAGUGUCGAAGGCUUUGAGCAAUAGGUUAGCUGCCCUUGCUGCACAGUCAGCCCACUACGGCCACUGCAGUACUAAAUCAAUCUUCACACACACACACACACACACACACAUACACAAGGCUUGGAAAUGUGCUGAGUUGAGACGUAGAAAAACACAUCUCAUGCUUGUGUGGUAGUGUCAUAUAUCACCCUGUAAAUGUAAUGCAGUAGGUAUUCUUUGUUGUUGAACACUUGUUGUUAAAGCCCUGUGCUCGUCUGUGAGUGGACAUGUGCACACAUACCAUACGUGAUUUUCAAGUGAUAUACCUUUGCAUAUUCAUAAGAUAUACUAUAAUCAUACAGUUAAGAUUAGGCACUAUGCACUGCAUCACUGAAGCUUCACCAAAUACUGUUUGUAAAUAUGAGUCAUUAUCACAAACACUUAAAGGAGCUAUCAUUGUAUUUUGAAAUUUGUCCUCCUUGUCGUCGUUUCUGCACCUGAAACUGAGACGAAGAUUACGAUGAUGACCACGCCCAGGGCGAUGGAGACGAUACUGAGCAGACGAGCCAGUUGACCCAGCCUCCUGGCCCCAUCAAUAUCUCCCACCUGGAGACUGUUUCUGGACUGGAGACACACAUAAGCACAGGGUAUUACCAAGAAGAACGCUUGAAUGAUAAUGUUAAGCAGGGCAUAGACAUAUAAGAUGUUACAUAAUAAUUGUAAACAACACCACAAAAGGGGUUCAUGAAUACAUUUUAUUCCUUUCACACAUUGGCAUAAGAGGAAUGGUCAUAUUACUCCCUAACAAGGCAACUAACUGCUCAAAUGAAAGAUAAGGAAGGUGAUCGCUCACAAAGUUACUUUAUUGAAUGUAUAUAUUCCACUGGCAUGACGUAUGAAGGAACCUUCACCCCACUGAAAAGCAAUGUACCUAUUGUUCCCCUUGCCUCGUGGAAAACUGCUGAAGAGAAAGUUUUCUUCAGGUCAGAGAUUACCUUUGCAAAGAAAUUAAACAAAUGGAGGAUAGUGAACUAACUUGGUCAAUAUAUUCAUGAAUGCAUAAGAUUAAAUACAUGAGUACCUAUGAGUAGUUUGUUGCUGUUAAAUAUCGAGGGGUUGAGAUGCCAGGGGCAUUGAAUAGUGCAUGAUUUAUUCAUAUUAUUAUGAUACAUGGGAAAGCCAGGCUAUCACUGCCAACUCCUGGAGAGAGUUCUGUUGUGAGAUCAUAAUACAAAUUUCUGUGACUCCAAAAUUGAAUUGUAUUCAGAGGCCUUAUCGGGCUGAAUGAAUGCUGGAGAUAUUCAUGUUGGCAAGAGAUCACUUAAGAAAUAAUGACAAUUUGUGGAGUAGAGAUUGAUUGCUCUUCUGUCACAUUAUUUGUGCGAAAAUUCCCAGACAAACUCAUGGCUCAGAAAGAGCUAGAAUGCCCUCAAUCAAAGGACAAUUGCCAACGAAAUAUACUGUAUGUAGAAAUUGGCAUCUACCUCAACACUAAGAUAUGAUAUAAGUUGGAAAAGAAUGGAUUACAUAUAUGUAACCCAUUAUAUGUGUCAUUGAAAGAUGCUUUUCCUGUACUAAGUGUAAUGUAAAAUAAAAAUAAAGUUGCAAAGUCACUGAUCCACAGUUGCUUCAAUUUAUUGGUAAAAGCAACCAGCAUAUAAACUCUAUCAGCACAACAUUAAAGUAACGCCACAAACCAAAGGGAUUUACAGUUUGGAUACAAAGAUCCCACCACAGUACAAGCAGCUCGAGGCUCUCCAGCAGCUCUCCGAGAGGUCAACUUUAAAAUAUUUAUUCGGUGGUUUCCAUUAAUUGACAGCCGAGUUAUUUUAAAAGGGGAAAUGACACACAUACAGUGCAGUAAUGUUGACUUGUCUACUGGGUGCUUUAGAGUCCCUCAAAGUGAAAUAGCAACAAUAAUUGAUGGUGAAUUUGUCUUUUUCAGACUGGCAGAUUGGGAUUGAUGGAAGGAUGUGACUUGCAGAGCCA